UGAGCCACCCGGGCACCCCUCAAGGAUAGAAUCUUUAUUCUAGUUUCAAAUUACGACAUUUCAUCCAGGUUUUUUGAAUGGGUAAAAUGCCUAUUGAGAGAAAUACUAAUUAGAUGUUAUUUUUGGUGUGUCCUGUCUUGCUAAAGAUCCAAGUACUGUGAAAUGUGAAAGGCCCAGAAAUUGGCAGUAACAAGGACCACAGUGUACAGACCAUGUCCCCAGCUCUGAAUUCAGUAUUCUACUACAAACCAGAUUUUCCUCCUUGGAUCACCUUGGGGUUUUUUGUCCUGGAUGGGUUUGCUUGUGACCUUCACGUCCCCUUGGUCCUUACUUGGUCCCUUUCCAUUCCCAUGCCAACCCUCGUUGAAUAACCCGCUUCACACUGCCUCAUCUUCAGCCAUUCUGCAUGCCAACAGCACAUUAAUCUUCCCAGUUGUUUUUGGUUUCUCUCUGGCACACAUGACCAGGCUUUCUUUGCUUAUAGGACAGCGCUGGACUAGUGGGGUUUGAGGCCCUGCAGAGCUGGGCCCAGCAGCCUUUCCCCAGUCUUGGCAGCCUUCUUGCAACCCGUAUCUGUCCGGUACAAAUUCUUUCUAGUCCAGGAAUCCUCAGAAGUGAUUCUUCGAAUGAAUGACCCAAGGCUGCAUGAUGGUUGAUGGGAAAUAUGAACUGUGUUUCCCCGCAGAAAGUCACCAUGUCUAUUCUCAAGAUCCACGCCAGAGAGAUCUUUGACUCUCGUGGGAAUCCCACCGUUGAAGUUGACCUCUACACCUCCAAAGGUCUCUUCAGAGCUGCUGUGCCCAGUGGUGCCUCAACUGGUAUCUACGAGGCCCUCGAGCUCCGGGACAAUGACAAGACCCGCUACAUGGGGAAAGGUGUCUCAAAGGCUGUUGAGCACAUCAAUAAAACUAUUGCACCUGCCCUGAUUAGCAAGAAACUGAACGUCGUGGAGCAGGAGAAGAUUGAUAGACUGAUGAUCGAGAUGGAUGGGACAGAAAAUAAAUCUAAAUUUGGUGCAAACGCCAUUCUGGGUGUGUCCCUGGCUGUCUGCAAGGCGGGGGCCGUGGAAAAGGGGGUGCCCCUAUACCGACACAUUGCUGACUUGGCUGGCAAUGCUGAAGUCAUCCUGCCGGUUCCGGCUUUCAACGUCAUCAACGGUGGUUCUCAUGCUGGCAACAAGCUGGCCAUGCAGGAGUUCAUGAUCCUGCCCGUUGGUGCGGCCAACUUCAGGGAAGCCAUGCGCAUCGGAGCCGAGGUUUACCACAACCUGAAGAAUGUCAUCAAGGAGAAAUACGGAAAAGAUGCCACCAAUGUGGGGGAUGAAGGCGGCUUUGCGCCUAACAUCCUGGAGAACAAAGAAGCUCUGGAGCUGCUGAAGAACGCCAUCGGAAAAGCUGGCUACACCGACAAGGUGGUCAUUGGCAUGGACGUAGCUGCUUCUGAGUUCUUCAGGUCGGGCAAGUAUGACCUGGACUUCAAGUCCCCGGAUGACCCGAGCAGGUACAUCACACCUGAUGAGCUGGCCAACCUGUACAAGUCCUUCAUCAAGGACUACCCAGUGGUGUCCAUCGAGGACCCCUUUGACCAGGAUGACUGGGAAGCGUGGCAGAAGUUCACUGCCACCGCCGGUAUCCAGGUGGUGGGGGAUGAUCUCACCGUGACUAACCCGAAACGGAUCUCCAAGGCCGUGGGCGAGAAAUCGUGCAACUGCCUCCUGCUGAAAGUGAACCAGAUCGGCUCCGUGACCGAGUCGCUGCAGGCGUGCAAGCUGGCCCAGUCCAAUGGCUGGGGCGUCAUGGUGUCGCAUCGCUCUGGGGAGACCGAAGAUACCUUCAUCGCUGACCUGGUGGUGGGACUUUGCACCGGCCAGAUCAAGACAGGGGCACCUUGUCGAUCUGAGCGCUUGGCCAAGUACAACCAGAUCCUCAGAAUUGAAGAGGAACUGGGUAGCAAGGCUAAGUUCGCUGGCAGAAACUUCAGAACCCCCCUGGCCAAGUAAGCUCCAGGCGGCGCACCCCGAGUCCUGCGGUCCUGAGUCGGCCCAUUAGACCUCUGCUCCCCCCCGGGCAGCUCAAGGCCCCCGGCCGAAAUUGGCCGGGGCCCCUGCUGGUUAACUACCCUCUCCCGUCCCUGUGAUGUUCUCACUGCUUCCUUAGAACUUAGAACUGCUGUAGAAGCCAAGCUUGACCAUCUGGGACCCUGCUGGAAACCCUAACUCUAAUCGUGUGAUUGGCCCAAGUCAUUGUUUUCUCACCUCACUUCCCACCCAGUGUCUGGAGCCACGUCUGUCUACUUUAUAAUCUUGAGUUGUCCACAGGCGAGAUCCCCAGUGGUUGUGUGUGCAGAAUAAAAAGGCCUCAGUGACCUGUA